AUGGCAGGUAGUAUACCGCCAAAUGGCAGCAGUAUACCGCCUCUAAAGGCGUUAUAUAUUUUUUUAAGCAAUGAAAUUUCUCUUUCAAUUCCUCAGUGGCUGCAAAAAUAUGUUGAAAAGGUGGAAGAUUUGAAUUUCUUUGAAGAUUCCAUCCGACCCAACCAUGUACUAAUCAAUGAAUAUCUUCAAGGUCAAGGCAUAAUGCCUCAUUUGGACGGACCUCUGUUCUACCCAACGGUCACCACAAUCAGUUGUGGAUCACAUACUGUACUCGAGUUCUUCUCACAGCGUUCAGACUCAGUCUCGGAAGCUGAAGACAUUUCAAUGCCAACUAGUCAGGAAAAAAGCAGCAACUUGAAGAUGUUUUCGAUUUUAGUUGAAAGGCGAAGUCUACUGGUGCUGAAGGAUGACAUGUACACCAAGUACCUGCAUGGCAUAGCUGAAACUUGUGAUGAUAUUAUUUCAGAAGAUUUGGCCAACUUGCAGCAAACUGAACAGAAAUUUAAAAUUGGUGAUGAACUGACCAGAGAUACUAGAAUUUCAUUAACUAUCCGUCAUGUGCCAAAGACAACCAAAUUAAAAAUCAACUUUAUUAGAUGACAU